GACCCUCCUUGUCACGGAUCGGGAAUAUUUCCGUGAUUUCUGGCUGCUUUUCUUCCUCCAGCGUCGUUGGGAUCCGUGACAUGCAAACGCGCGCGCACACUUACGCACAUGUGGACACGCGUGGACGCGCGGGGAGGGACGUGCUUUUUUCCCCUUGAUUCACUCCACUGAGACGAGAGACGAGCGGCGGACUAUGACGCCGACGCGUUGACGCGUCUGUCCUCUGUCAGAGACCCGGACCCGCGGAGCAUGGAGACGCCCGGGGGCUGCUGGACGCUCGUCCUUCUGCUCGGCGUCCUCUCCGGCGGCUACCUGAGCUCCGUGCCGGACUGCCCGCCCACCUGCGCCUGCUCGCCCACCGACAUCUACUGCAACCAGUCGGACAGCAGCAGGUUCUUCCCGCUGCUGUCCUUCCAGGGCCCCUCGGGCCCCGCGAACAGCAGCAUCGAGGACCUCUUCCAGAACAUCUCCUCCAUACACAUUGAGAACUGGACCGGUCUGCAGACCUUGAGGGAGGUGGACAUGGAGCUCUACACCGGCUUACAGAGGCUAACCAUUGUAAGGAGCAACCUGCAUACAAUCCAGGCCCGUGUUUUCUCCAAGAACCCCCACCUGCGCUACAUAAACCUGUCCAGGAACCCCAUGUUGACCACUUUGUCCUGGCAGAUCUUUGAAAAUCUGCAGCUUUUCGAAAUUCACUUGGAGGAGGUGGUGUUCAACUGCGGCUGUGGGAUCCGUUGGCUGCAGCUAUGGCAACAGAGAGGAGAGGCGGGACUGAGCAGCCAACAGUUGCACUGUGCCGACGAUGACACCAAGAUACUGCUGCAGGAUAUGAACAUCAGCAGUUGUGACCUGCCAGAGAUCAGCGUCAGCCACAGCAACCUCACUGUUGUCGAGGGAGACCAAGUGACGGCAAUCUGCAACGGUUCUGGAUCCCCUUUGCCCGAGGUGGACUGGCCCGUGAACGGCCUGCACUCCAUCAAUGCGCAAGAAGCAAGAGUCUACGACAACAACACCAUCCACUCCAUCAACAUCACGCUGGUCAAUGUGAGCCGAGAAGACAACAACUUCCUGCUGACCUGCACCGCCACCAACGUAGUGGGCAUGACCAACGCUUCCGUCCAGCUAACUGUUCACUUUCCUCCCUCCAUCGUGAAGCUGAAGGAGCCCGAACGCCGCCAUGACACCUGCAUAGAGUUCACCGUCCGAGGGUCGCCCCACCCCACGCUGCAGUGGUUCCACAGAGACAUGGAAAUAUCCCACACCAAGUAUGUGCGUCCAGACAUGGACAUUUAUCAGGACUACAUAGAGGGCUGCCUGAUCUUCCAGAACCCGACGCACCACAACAACGGCAACUACACCCUGACGGCCAGCAACUACCUGGGAGUGGCCACCAGUAGCGUGUACGGGCACUUCAUCGACAAGCCCUUCGACGGCAUGAACUCAGAAGAUUAUGACUAUGUAACCCCCACUGCAGAGACGCACAAGCCUGAGGAGGAUCAUUUUGGGGUCUCCAUAGCAGUCGGCCUGGCAGGGUUUGCCUGUGUGAUGCUGGUGGUUCUCUUCCUUCUCAUCAACAAAUACGGACGACGCUCCAAGUUUGGCAUGAAAGGACCGGUAGCAGUAAUAAGCGGUGAGGAAGACUCCGCCAGCCCCCUUCAUCAUGUGAACCAUGGAAUUAUCAGCCCCUGUACGCUGGAUCCCGGGUCGGACGCUGUGGUGAUUGGAAUGACCAGGAUCCCCGUCAUCGAGAACCCACAGUACUUCAGACAUGGACACAACUGUAACAAACCAGCCACCUAUGUUCAGCAUAUUAAACGGAGGGACAUUAUUUUGAAGAGGGAGCUCGGAGAAGGAGCUUUUGGCAAGGUCUUCCUAGCUGAAUGUUACAAUCUGAGCCCCACGAAGGACAAGAUGCUGGUAGCUGUGAAGACGCUGAAGGACCCCACGCUUGCAGCCAGGAAGGAUUUCCAGCGUGAGGCUGAGUUGCUGACCAACCUGCAGCACGAGCACAUAGUGAAGUUCUACGGUGUGUGUGUGGACGGCGACCCUCUCAUCAUGGUCUUUGAGUACAUGAAGCACGGGGACCUCAAUAAGUUCCUCAGAGCCCACGGGCCAGACGCCCUGAUCCUGGUGGAUGGGCAGCCUCUGCAGACCAACGGGGAACUCGGUCUGUCCCAGAUGCUCCACAUAGCCAGUCAGAUCGCAGCUGGGAUGAUCUACUUGGCGUCGCAACACUUUGUGCACCGCGAUCUGGCAACGAGGAACUGCUUGGUGGGGAACGGACUUCUGGUGAAAAUAGGAGACUUUGGCAUGUCAAGAGACAUUUACAGCACAGAUUACUACAGGGCAUCAUGGGUGGGAGGUCACACCAUGCUGCCUAUCCGCUGGAUGCCUCCUGAGAGCAUCAUGUACAGGAAGUUCACCACGGAGAGUGACGUUUGGAGCUUCGGAGUCAUCCUCUGGGAGAUCUUCACUUACGGCAAACAGCCGUGGUUCCAGCUCGCCAAUAAUGAGGUGAUAGAGUGCAUCACCCAGGGCCGGGUACUGGAGCGUCCCAGGCUCUGUCCCAAGGAAGUCUAUGACAUGAUGCUGGGCUGUUGGCAGAGGGAGCCACAGCAGCGCCUCAACGUCAAAGACAUUCAGAAGAUACUGUUCACUCUGAUGAAAGCCACACCGGUCUAUCUUGACAUACUGGGAUAGGAAUCAACACAAGGGGAAGGAAUUGUAUGCAUUUUGGGUUGGACUAGAUCUUCACUAGAAUAGAACAGAGUAAACUUAGUCAGAAGGAAAUGGAUUGCCUUGAAGUAGAAGUCUGGCUCGUAGUCUGAGAUAGAACCAUGUGGAUCGAGGACCUUACCUAAAUGGUCUCGCUCCUUUGUGAAUGAACUCAUGACUAAAACACUAUGAAGAUUUGACUAAACUGAAUAACCCUGAUUGUACACGUCUGGUGUGGUUAGUUUUCUUCUCCUAAUUGUUUAGACACCAUCAUGUCAUCGUUUCACUCACCCAAUCACACCAGCUUUGGUUAUCUUGAAUCAGAAAGCCAUCAAAGCCUGCUGUAGCCUGGUAGGACCUGGCUUGACUUGGCUAUGUUGUAUCGAUCUCCCCCUAACAACCAUGUGUCCAUUGGUACGUCAGGCAAUGGUGCAACCUAGCUAGAUUCAACAAACCCUAAAUUGGAGCCAUCUUAAUUUCUGGGCCUCAUUUGGAUUAUACUAUUGCUUGGUCCUCUCACCAAAAACCAUACUUGAGUGCCACUGUGGAAUGGAGAAGGUUAACAAAUAUUAACAAAUGUAAUUACAGUCUAUUUACUUUAAAUAGUCAUGUCUUUUCUACAGAUGAUCUACAUCAAAAUUAUUUCUGUUCAUUAUUAUUUUUGUCCAGGCUCGUCUAUUUGUCUAAAACUUUACAUCAAUGCUUGGUCGGGUUGAACUCAAUUUGAGUGUUAAUGGCAAAUGUUCUUCAGAUCGUCAUGACGUAAACCUGUGAGGGUGAAAAUUGGGGUAUGAGACAAUUGUCUCCUGGUAAUCUUUGAUGGAUUAUUCCUAUUAUAACUCCAGAUAGAGGAAUUUAAGUGCUGCAUUAUGUCAUAUUUGCAACCUCUGUUAGCAUGCCCACUCCUGAAACCGGCUGCAUCCUUCAGGCUGAAACCGGAAUGGUCCAGAUACGAAAUCCAAAGAAAAUAGCUAUAAUGCUGACCAAUCAAAAUUCUCAAGCAUUCUCAUCAUAAAUAAGUGAUAGAAGGACUAUUUACUCGACCAUGUGUACGACAAAUUUCAUUUUUUCAACACUGGUCAAGAAAUUGAUGACAUCGGUCAAACAUGUCCUGUGCAGCAGCCGUUGUGUGUUUAGUACAAUUCCAAUGCUUCUGUGUUUUCAUUUGUCAAGCCUUCACUGAUAAACCUUCUGGACCUGAAGUCACUGAGCUGUGAUUUCUGCAGGAGCCCGACCAGACCUUCCAAACCUGAGCCUGGAAGUGUGGCUUCAGUGACUGUCUGUUGCCAUAGAGAUGGACCUAAGUGCCUCCUUCUUCUUUCUAAAGAGACUGAAAAAAAAGUAUUUCGAAAUAAGAGCACUUUUACAUUUUGUUUACUUGCUUAAAGAAAUGUACACUAGCUGUAAACUUUCCUUGUUUUUCUUACAAACUUUCACCACAGCAAAUGUAAUGCAAGAAAAAAAAAAUCAAAAGAAUAAAAUGUUGAAAAUGAAAGAAAAAUAAUUUACCGCUGGGAGGAAAAGCAACAAAGAAGGCUUUUUUAUAGCCUUUGCAGUUUGACAAGAAUGUUGGAACUACCCAAGGUGAAGGUAUUCUAUAUAUUUUUCAUUUAUUUUUAUUUCAAAUCGAUGAGUGGACCUCUGCCAUGCUCCAAAGCCAUUGGAAUAGUCUGCCACUUGGUAGGACAGAACUGAUCACUACUAAAACAAGCGAUUGGCUGGGAGGAAGCCUUCAAGGAUUACUCAGAAGAAGCCUUUUUGUGUAGUGUUACACACUUGGAUCCACUCUGACGUCAACGAGCCACAAUUUCUGCAUGGCAACAGAACAUCUGAACAAGCAGAAAGAUGGACCUGUCCAUCAAAGAAAACAAUCUUUCUAAAAAUGUAUAUACUGUAAAUCUCUACGUCUUGAGAUAUGUUAACUUAUUUCCUUUUCUUGAGUUUUAUUAUUUUUAGCUUAUUGAUAUGUUGUCAGUGGAAGCCAAUAGAUAUUUUGGUAAUCUUUCUUUCCAAAUGUAAUUACUGUAUAUUAAUUUAUAUAGUUAACUUUUCUGCCGAUAAUCCACAUCACAAUCGUUUCUGUUCAUUGUUAUUUUAGUUGCUAAUUUGCUGGUAAUGUGUCAGGACACAGAAGAAAUAUGUGAAGUUAUUGGACUUGAUUUGUUAGUCUGCUUCUAGUUCAAGUGCUUUUCUAGAAUCAGGGACAGUGUUUGAUUUUAAACAUUUUACUUUUUUUGCCACUGACCACUCAGUCUGGAAAAGCUAUUGCAUUCAAUUUGCUGUAUUUAACCUAUUUAGGAUAAAGCGGGGGACCUGGGGAAAAUGGUAGCCUAACCCCCACUAAGUGGUUCUUCACCAAGUAAGCAAAAAUUGUAUCUUUUAUUUGGGCGUUUUAGGGUCUUUAAAACGUUUUGUUUUAUUACAUUCUUGUUAAAUAUCUAUUUUCAUUCUAACAGUUUUCCCCUCUGGUUUGUAAAUUAUCACGAUUCGAAAGAAAGCACUAUUACUUUAUUAUUAUGUUUGUAACAGCAAAAUGAAAAGCCAUUGCUCCACUUUCGUCCCAAAUUAUAGCCAUAACUGUAUUAAUGUGUCAUCUGUGUGAUGGAAAAGAAUGGGUCAGAAAAGAGACUAAGGGUAAGCAGGGUCUGAAAAAUGUCAUAAUAUUCAGUGCUGUUUGAUUGUUGUGUACCUUUAUGUCUCAAAAACUUUUAAGUUCAUGCAAGAAAAGUUGGAUUUUGAAAAAAUCACUAACGAUCCAACUAAAUCACAGGACCCUUUGGGACACCAACACCACUUUCUGGUUGAAACUCCCGUGUUUGCUUGUUCCGCUUAACCCAGGUGGGCUUUUUCAGUCUUAUUCUCAGAUUGUCAACUAAUCACGCAGUUGUGUUCCCAGAACCUGGUCCCUCUCAUACAGACACUGAAGGGGAGCUUAUGCGCAGAUAUCAGACAUUGUAGGUAAAUCAGAUUCCAAUGCUUUUGUGCGCUGCAUUGAAUCAUAUAGCUUCCUCGGGCCUCUUUGUCUUAUCCCUUUUAAGAAGUACUGUAUGAUACCUUAACUAGUUUAAUCAUGAUUGGCUGUUUCCUGGUUUAACUGUAACCAUAUUUAAUCAGCUGUAUUUCAUGAAUGAGGAGUACUAAUGCAAAUGGAGAUGACCCUAACUCUAACCCUGGGCAAGGAAGGGUCACUACUGUAAGCGCCGAUAGCGUUUUGGUCCUAUUUGCAACAAACAACAGCUUCUUCUCUUAAACCCCAGUGGAGAAUUAUAUUGGAGAAUGUAGAAACACACAUGUGAUGGAUCAGUAUGGUAUAUUGCAUAUACAUUCAUCACUGUGAAAGUUGUGGUUUCAUUGUAUUCCAGGUAUGCACAUUUUAGUCUGUGGCAAGCUGCACUUGCAAUAUUUGCAAGCUAAUGGGGUCCAUGCGGACACGGGGACUUGGAAAGUAGAACAUGCCCUAAAGGCUACAUUGCAAAUUGCAAAUGAGGCAGCAACAGAGAGGAGUUUCUAAUCAUCAAUGAGUUAGAAAAAAUGGAGCAUAUUACUUCUUUGCUUUGUCAAAUUAAAUUGUACUGUCCAUACUGCUGGUGCAAGAAUGCCUUCUGUUCUGUGAACUUCCACUUUUAGGACUCAAGGAUGGUGCAUGCUUCUGCGUCUGCGUCGUUGCGUCGAUGCACUCGUUGAAGACGACCUAGAGAGUCACGUCAAUGUGUGUGGAAGUCGUUGGUUUGUUUAUUUAUUUAUCAUAGACUUUAUUGCCCCGUGCAUCCACACUGCUGAUUGAGAGUCUUUUUUUAUGCUUCACCUGGUUGGCUCAUGACAUCACAUUCAUUUUUCUUUUUUUCUUUAGCUUUACUGUUUUUUUCCCAUGGUAUUUAAUCAAAAUGACUUGCUCAAGACCCUCGGAUUUUUCUUGUCAUGCAUCACGUUUCUCAUACAAAGUAUUUAAGCUGACAUUAAUAAAGCUGUCAUUACUCUGAAGACACUGAAUUACAUAAUAAUUCAUUCAUAAUAAGUCUUUCUCCUGCUCCCGCUCUCUCUCCCCGGGUAAAGUGUUGUAUAUCUGUCUCCAUAUUAUCAUUUAUAACUAUGUAUUAAAAUAAUUUGACGACUUGUAUAAUGUAUUUUUCAAAAGAUGAGAUGCGGUGAACUUUUAAGGUGAUUCUGACUCAUUAAAAGUUACUUCAUCUUUGAA